AUGAGAUUGACUUCCACGGCUAGAAAGAUGCUAUUUGCUGCUAUUCCAUCUAUUUGUGCAUUAAGUUCGAAGAAGAUCUCAAUCUAUAAUGAAGAAAUGAUAGUAGCUCGUUGUUUUAUAGGCUUUAUCAUAUUCAGUCGGAAGAGUUUAGGUAAUACUUUCAAAGUGACUCUCGACGGGAGAAUCCAGGCUAUUCAGGAAGAAUCGCAGCAAUUCCCCAAUCCUAACGAAGUAGUUCCUCCGGAAUCCAAUGAACAACAACGAUUACUUAGGAUCAGUUUGCGAAUUUGUGGCACCGUAGUAGAAUCAUUACCAAUGGCACGCUGUGCGCCUAAGUGCGAAAAGACAGUGCAAGCUUUGUUAUGCCGAAACCUAAAUGUUAAGUCAGCAACACUUCCAAAUGCCAUUUCUUCCCGUCGCAUCCGUCUUCAGGACGAUCUAGUCACAGGGUUUCACUUCUCAGUGAGUGAAAGAUUUGUCCCUGGAUGUACGUUGAAAGCUUCUAUAGUAGAACUCAUUCGAGAGGGCUUGGUGGUCUUAAGAAUGGUUCGGGUGGGGGGUUCUCUUAAGAAUAAAGAAGACGAAUAG